GCUGACUUGCGCAUGCAGUAUGCGAGAUGACAAAGGCCAAAAACGGGUGCGGUGGUUGGUGAGUCCUGUACGAGCAAGCAGGAAUUCCUGAAAGACAAGCACAGUCUAGACUUGAGAUGUAUUCGCCUUGCUUAACAAGAAACGGAUACUGAUCUCAAUGACCAGACCAAAGUGACUCUUCAGUCAUCAUCAUCCUCGGUCGGCUGCAGAGCAGGCGACUGCAAGUUUCCUCCAGUUCCGUCUAUCUUCAGUAGACUAGUCUCAAGGCACCAUCGGUUGGUACUGCACACACAUUCACAAUGAAGAAACUACCACUAAACCCUCUUGUCUACUUCCUCGUCAUUCUCUUUGGCUCCGGGUCCUGGAUCGCCAUCAACGGUCUGUGGGUGGAGCUGCCAAUCAUUGUCCAGCAGGCUCCGGAGUCAUGGAGUCUGCCCUCCUACCUGUCAGUCAUCAUCCAAUUGGCUAACAUCGGACCAAUCACGUUCACCCUAACAAGUGUGUUUGCACCUGGGAGAGUCAGUGUAAAAGCAGUGAUCUAUACGAUAGUCUCCAUUGGAACAGUGUCAUGCGCGUUGCUGCCAUUUUUCUGGAAGUACACAAGUUUUGUGGCAGGUGCCAAUCGAAGUGUCGCGUUGCUCGUCCUCACGUUCUUCCUGGCCGUCGUAGAUUGCACAUCUUCGGUCACAUUUAUGCCUUUCAUGGCGGUGUUCACCGUCCCUUAUCUCAACCCCUACUUCAUUGGCGAAGGGAUGAGUGGCUUCAUUCCAAGCCUGGUCGCCUUAGGGCAGGGAGUUGGUGGUAACCCUGACUGUCACAACGUGUCAAUCAUCAUCAACUCCACAGUCGUCAAUGGAACCGUGAAGAACAUCACAAAGUACACCAACGUGUACAUCACAAAAGACCCCAACUUUCCAACCGAGAACUUCUUCUGGUUCCUCUUCGCCAUGAUGUUGAUUUGUGGCAUCGCUUUCGUCUUGCUCAACCAUCUCCCAUUGGCUAAGAAGGAGCACGUUGGUGCUGUCAACGCAACAGACUCUCAAAAUGACGGCUUCUCCAAUCUUGGUUUAGAGAUGGAGCCUCGUGAACCAAACGGUUCAGUCGAAGCCUCUACCACCAAUGAGAGUGAUGUUGUCAGCGAUGGAAAGAACGUCAAAGGCCACAGCUCGGUUGCUGAUGAUCACCGUGAGGAUUGUCUGAUAACCAAGAAGAGAGGGCUGUCACGAGGAGGGUACAUCUACCUGCUGUGUGUCCAGGCUUGGGUCAACGCCCUCAGUAACGGCGUCCUCCCCUCCAUCCAGUCCUACUCCUGUCUCCCGUACGGAAACACCGCCUACCAUCUGGCCGUCACCCUGGGUAACAUGGCCAACCCGCUGGCCUGUUUCAUCUCCUUCUUCCUCCCCACCACGUCCUUCUUGCUGGUGGGGGUGUUGUCGCUGGCGGGAACGGCGGUGGGAGCGUACAUCCUGGCUCUUGCGGCGAUGAGCCCCACCCCUGUACUACUGGGGACGGAUGGAGGAGUCUUCUUGGUGAUUCUUGCAUGGAUCUUGGUGGUUGGGCUUUUCACCUACGUGAAGGUGACCAUCGGGUCCAUUUUCCGUCAGGAAGGACAGAGGGCGCUGCUGUGGUGUGGAGCAGUCAUGCAGGCGGGCUCCUGUGUCGGCGCCAUCGUUAUCUUUUUAUUUGUCAACGUGUUUCCCAUGUUCCAACAGAAUGAUGCCUGUGAACUCUGAUUUUUAUCCUAAUGCUGUAUCAGACUUUUUCUUCUACAAUGGUAGAGGUGUGUUUAGCAGAAAUGGGACUGUGCCUAUAAAAUUGUCCCUGAAAAAUAUUUGUCAUCUAAUGCUGGUUUACAUUCAACCAAAUCGUAACCUAUACGCAUUGUUUUUAAAACUUAAAAGUUGAUAGAACAUGUUUUUAAACUGCAAUAUUUUGAAAAUAUUUCUAAAAUAUUGCAAUUUGAAACUGCCGUUCAUCGAAUUGACAUCCCUACAUACAGUUUUUAUAAACAACGGAUAUAAGUUACCCCACGGAUAUAUGUGAACUAGCAUCAUGUACAAGAUGUCACGGCAUAAAGUAUAUUUUCAUUGGGCAUACUGUUUGAAUGUUUUCUGGAUGUUUGAUACCUAACACUUAUAAAUGACAUUUAUUAUGUGUAAACCAAUGAAGGCAAUGUGUAUGAAACACAACACACAUGGCAUUUGAGAGAAUUAUUUUCAAAGACAUGCACAUAAGCCAAGAAUGGACUCUUACACCACAAUGAGGUUUGCAUUCUUCAAUGUAAUCAAGAUCAUAAUCAACAGAUGAUAGUAUUUGUCAACGAAUCUAAAAUCAUCAAGUAAUAUGGAUUGCUGGUUUUAUUACUGUUGUGUCAUUAUGUGUUUUUCAAUUUCCUAUAUUGGUGUAAAGUUCACUAACUGGAAUUUUUAAAAUGUUCUAAAACCAUGGUAGCCUGCAUUCAAACAUUUCAUUCAACAUAUAUUCAUGGUAGACUUCAAUUAACAGUGGUACAAUUGCACAGCAAUCUACCAAUUUCUUGUCUUAUCACAAAAUCUGAUACACGGGUCAUAAUAAAAUUCGAGCAGCAUUCGCUUUUCUUCAACAAGUCAUAAGAUCUUGCCACCAUUAUAUUCACCUAUAUCACACAGUACGAAUCUUCAGACUAACGAGUGAAGCUGUUGUUUUAAGAUUAAAUUUCAACAAAACGUUAAAAAUGGUCCUAAAAUAUCAUUCAAUAAUAUGUGAUAAAACUGCUUGUAUUGGUCCUAAAUGUGCAAGACAUAUCACCAUUAUAUUCACCUGUAUCACACAGUAAAUAUCUCAGUUAAGAGUGGUUGCUUUGAAUGUUGAGUUUCAUCAAUAAGUAUUACUAAUUGGUACUAAAAAUGGAUCAUUCAAUAAUAUGUGACAACAUUGCUUGAAGUGGUCCUAAAUUUGCAAGACAUGUCUUGUCUUAGAGGAAUAUUCUAUCUAAGA